GGUUCAAAAUAAAACGUCAACAAAAGAAUUCCUAUCAGCGAUUUUAUCACUUCCAUAUUCGAGUCGGAUAAAUCAUAACAAAUCUCGUGUAAUAAAUCAUGUAAAAUAAAAAUGAAGUGCUGUGUGGAAUCCUGUACACAGUCAAGUGAUAGUCUUGUAGCGCAAACGAAGGAGGUUACUUUUCAUUCGUUUCCAACCAUACGGUGGCUCAGAAAAUCAUGGCUGGUGUCAAUGGGCAUGGAGGAGAGUAACUUGCCACUAUGUGCCUCCGUUUGCUCACUGCAUUUCCAAAAGGAUAACUUUGAUGUGACAGCUGAGGGCGAACCUAAGCUCCGAUGGAACUCUGUACCUUCCGUGUUCAAGGUCAAAAGAAACAUUGCUUCUGCAGCUCCUCUAUUCAUUUCUCCUGGACAGUUCUGCGUGAUAUGCCUGGAUGUUGAAAGUAAACUGGUCCCGUUGGGCAAAGAUCUGUCAAAAGCUUACAGUUACGUAACCGGAAUUCCAAUGAAUCUCAUUUGCGAUAGAAACAUUACAUCAAAAGUGUGCACUGAAUGCGCACGGAGAUUGACAAAUUGUCAUAAAUUUAAAGACAAGACAGUGAGAACUUAUAAAUUAUUAUUGAAAUUGUAUGAGAAGCAUGGAACAUUAACAUUACAAGAUGUGAUGGAAAUUAGCAGAGUGGUUUAUGAACUAAAAUCUAAUUUGGUAAAGCACAUAAUCGAACCGGAUCACUGUGACCUUCAUUUAAAAGAAGAUUUUGAUGAAGAUAUGAAUAUAGAAGAAGAAGUCUACCCAGAACAUACUAAUAUAGACAAUGGUUCUAUGUUAGAUUCUGAAGUUAAAUCAAAAACUUCUGACGGUGUAAAUGUUGGCGAAAAUAAUAUUUCAAUCAGUUUAGAUGAUAAUAUUUAUAAUGAUGCUCAAAUAAAAAAAAAUGAAACUAAUAAUGAUGUAAUAAUGGAAAGCGAUACAUUUGCUGACAAUGGCAAAGAAGACAUAGUUAGUGAUCAUUUAGAGGAUUUUUUGACAGAUGACAGUGAUAAUAAGGCGGAAUUUCUCAAUAACGAUGAUAUAAAUGAUGACGGAUACAGUGAUGUGGAAUAUUUGGAUGAUGACGUUGAACAUGUUAUACAAUCUCUGAAUCCAGGCAUGAAUAACAAUAGAAUGACAAAUAUUAAAACGAAAAACAUACAGAAUGUUGAUGAGACAAUAUCUAAAUCACCCGAAAAGAUUAUAAUUAAGCAACACACAUACGUUGAGACUAAAAACCAGGAAAACUCAGAAAUAAAGAAUGAUGAUAGAUCGCGAACACCGAGAAGUCAGGAGAACUCCAAGAUUAAUAAUAUACAAGAUAGUGUUGAUUUAGCGGAUGAAGACACCUACACUGAUUUUGAAUGUUUAGAAGAUGAAAUUGAGGAUGCCAUUAAUAACUAUACCGACGGUAAUGGGCAAACUAUGAAUACAUAUGAAAGCUAUGUAAAAUUUGUAAAUGAAAACAUUAAAAAAGCAUGUGUUACCAAUGCUUUAGCCAUUGCAGCUACCAGUAAUAAUGGAAAUGAAAACGAAGUUAUUUUACAUACAAUGAAUAAAGUAAAUCCAGGUAAUUUCGUACUUGUAAGAACUUCUGCUCCUGAUAUUGUAAAUGAGGAGGUAAUAAAUGAGGAGGAAUUUAACGAAAAACAUGCAAAGAAAAAUAAAGAAGUUGGAUAUAAUGAAAAGAAGAAGAAGUUAGCUAAGCACGAGAAUAAGAAUGAUCAUGAAAUUAAUCGUAUAAAACCAGGGCAUUCUGGAUCCAGACCCGACACUUAUGGUAACCAAAGUUUAGUAAAAUUAGGAAACGGUGCAACAGAUAAAACAGACAGAAUGAAAUCAAAUUCAAAGCAAAACAGUAAAAAAUCACUCGCUAAAAGAAAAGAUUCUGAUAAGGAUGCUAAACUUCACCCACAGUUUGAAAUGGGCACCAACCAGAAAGAAGAUUCAAAAGAAGAUGAGAAAUUGAAAAUUUUCAAAGUAGAAAAACUAACUCUAGAGGAGCAGUUGUCAUUAAUAGAGGAAAGGAAAGAGACAGAUAAUUAUAAAAACUCACCGUACCAAUGUAACAUUUGCUACAAAGGUUUCCUCGCUGAGAACACAUUUGACGAGCAUUUGUUUAAACAUACAGAUAAAUGUGGCCUAUUUGAAUGUGCCAUAUGCCGGAUACGCUUCAAAUCCAAGAGAAUAUUGGGAAAGCACUUCCAGAUGACCCACGUCACCAGAUACAGUUGCACCAAGUGUCCGUUUGUGUCGACCCUUAGAAAUUCCGCAUGGAUGCACGAGCGAUGGCACGCGGGCGUCAAGUAUAAAUGUAAAUACUGCGGGAAGGAGUAUCUAAGGAACUCCACAUAUAUGCUGCACGUUCGUGUAAAGCACCCUUCAGACUGCGCGUGCAAUCGGUGCGGUUUCUCGUUUGUCGGGGAGAAGGGGCUCAAGUUGCACAUGCAAAUAAAGCAUCACGGAGAAAACCUACAGAAGUUGGAGGGUCCCACGUGCGAGGACUGCGACAUUCGCUUCGCGUCUGACACCGCGUACGAACAGCAUAUGAAGGUGUCGCCCAAACACGCGACCGCAAAUCAGCUGAAACGUAAUUCCGCGCCGAAGGACAAAAAUUAUAGAUGGCCGAAACAACUGCCCGCUUUGCGGGCGCACUUCAAAAGAACAGAGUGCGAGCAGUGCGGCGUUGUCCUCGAGGGUGCGCGUAACUACGAUUACCACUUCCGGAGGCAUCAUCCGGAUAAGAACCGCACCAAUUAUUCCAAGCGGAACGUGAUGUGCGAACAAUGCGGUAGGGUUUUUAAGAGCGCGAGCGACCUCAGAAGCCACAUGCCGUACCACUCGGGUCAGAAGCAGUUCAAAUGCGACAUAUGCGACAAGCGGUUCGCGCUCAAGGUCAACCUGGUGACACACGCCGCGACACACACGGAGCAGCGGUUCGAAUGCGAAGUCUGCGGAAAGCUCCUAACUAAGAAGUCGAAUCUUAAGACACAUAUGGCAAUACACCAAGACUCGCGGCCGAUGCACGCGUGCGGAUUGUGCGACAAGACUUUCACCACACGGCACGGGCGACAAGAGCACGUUACACACGUGCACAACAACGUGCCGUAUAAGUUGCGGCUGCGUCCCGCCCGCAACACGGGCGCCAAACGAAAAAUUACACGUAAAGCGUCGGUGUCAGUGCAUUGAACGAGCGGAAUAUAACCUGCGCCAUUAAAGAAUAGAUGUCCACAUCGUUGGUGGGCGACCAACGCCAAUAUGUGUAUAAUAAUGUCUGUAACUGUGUGAAUAAUAAUGUCUGUAACUCGUUUGGUGUACAAUAAAAUUAUAUUUAGUCA